AUGGUUAUUUAUCGUGUACGAGUAAAAGGGCCUUGCUCACUAGAGCUUAGCAAUUUUCCGCUUGAUUUGCAAAAGGAAUGGCGUACAGGAAGAACGAAAAUGCCGAAAAAAGGUGGGAGUUUACCUCAACACUAUAAUGCCUUCGCUCAAAAACAAUGUCCAUUUGAAAAUGCGGCGGAAGAACAAUUAUGGGGUUUUUUUGAUAAUACACCCACUACAGUGCCAUUCCGAGAAGGCGAAAGUCACGUGGGAAAAGUACGUUAA